AAGAUGCCAACCCCGAACAUCUCCACCUCUGCAGCCAAAGGCUUCCGCAGGGCGGUGUCAGAGCUGGACUCCAAGCAAGCCGAGGCCAUCAUGUCUCCACGGUUCGUUGGAAGACGUCAAAGCCUCAUUGAAGAUGCCAGGAAGGAAAGAGAGGCUGCGGCUGCAGCCACUGAUGCCGCAGAGUCUACAGAGACCAUUGUGUUUGAGGAGAAGGAUGGGAGAGCCAUGCUGAACCUCUUCUUCAUGCUCAAGGGAGCCAAGACUUCACCACUGUCCCGUGUCCUUAAGGUAUUUGAGACAUUUGAAGCUAAAAUUCACCACCUGGAGACCAGGCUUAGCCGAAAGCCCCGUGAAGGGACCGCUGAACUGGAAUACUUUGUGCGCUGUGAAGUCUACAGCUCUGACCUCAAUACUUUCAUUAGCUCCAUCAAGAGGGUAGCAGAAGAUGUGAGGACCACUAAGGAAGACAAAUUUCACUGGUUUCCCAGAAAAAUCUGUGAGUUGGACAAGUGCCACCAUUUGGUCACCAAGUUUGACCCUGACUUGGAUCUGGAUCACCCGGGCUACUCUGACCAAGUAUAUCGCCAGAGAAGGAAAUCAAUAGCAGAGAUUGCUUUUCACUAUAAGCAUGGGGACCCGAUCCCUCACGUGGAGUACACGGCGGAGGAGAGAGCUACCUGGAAGGAGGUGUACAGCACCCUGAAGAGCUUGUACCCCACCCAUGCCUGCAAGGAGUACCUUGAAGCUUUCAGUCUACUGGAGAAAUUCUGUGGCUACAAUGAGAACAACAUCCCUCAGCUGGAGGAGGUUUCCCGCUUCCUGAAAGAGAGGACCGGCUUCCAGCUCCGGCCGGUGGCUGGCCUGCUGUCAGCACGGGACUUCCUGGCCAGCCUGGCCUUCCGCGUCUUCCAGUGCACGCAGUACAUCCGCCACGCGUCCUCACCCAUGCACUCCCCCGAGCCGGAUUGCUGUCACGAGCUGCUGGGGCACGUCCCGAUGCUGGCUGAUAAGACAUUUGCCCAGUUCUCUCAGGACAUUGGGCUGGCAUCUCUGGGGGCAACUGAUGAAGAAAUUGAGAAACUAGCAACACUUUACUGGUUUACAGUGGAGUUUGGGCUCUGCAGACAGAAUGGAAUAGUCAAAGCCUACGGAGCUGGGCUACUCUCUUCCUAUGGGGAGCUCAUACACUCCUUGUCAGAUGAACCAGAGGUGCGGGACUUCGACCCUGAUGCUGCAGCUGUUCAGCCCUACCAGGACCAGAACUACCAGCCUGUUUAUUUUGUGUCUGAGAGCUUCAGUGAUGCCAAAAAUAAAUUGAGGAGCUACGCGGCGCACAUCAAGCGGCCCUUCUCGGUGAAAUACGAGCCCUACACCCACAGCAUCGAGCUCCUGGACAGCCCUCAGAUGAUCUGCCACUCCCUGGAGAGCGUAAGGGAUGAGCUUCACUCGCUGAUUAACGCGCUCAAUGUUAUCAGUUAAUACAAGAACUGAGCGAUUCCCGUCCCCUGCCAGCCCCCAGCGUGCCUGCCCUGCCCUCACCUAGCUCCCGGCUGAUAAUUCCUGUCUGUCUUCUCCCAGCAUUGGCACCUCUGCCUGUCACCACGCGACCCCAACAGCUUUCCACUUU